CGCAGCCAGAUCUCGAGGUGAGGACAGGAGGUAGGACAGCCGCGCGCGGCUUCUACUCGCAUCGCUGCGGCGCUGGUAACAGCUCGCUGCAGCGCCAACAGCUCUCGGUCCGUUAGCGCACUCCGCAGGGCAACAAAAAGGAAGCCCAGCCAGACAGCCCUCCAAACGCCGUCGCGGCGCGUCGAAAAGCCCGUCGGACACCGCGCGUGGACCGGCCGCGACCGCGAGGCAGCGCUCAAAACAAGAAGCGCGCAAACAAACAACCAUGACGCCGUCGCCCCUCUACACGAUGGUCCUGCCCGGCUUAGACUUGGCCGCGGUCCUCUUCCUGCGGUACAGCAUGCCCACCGAGCGCCUCAAGAGCAUUUUUUCCCUGGGCGCCGCGGCGUCGGCAAAAGCUUCAUUGUUAUGCUUACUGUCAUACGCCUUGAUCAUCCCGAACGUCAUCAACGAGCCGAUCGACAAUUUGAUAACAAGGGACGCGUGCGCCGCCACGACCUACGGCGUUGUGGCAUUCGUGUCCACAACAACCCUACUGCUGUCGGUAGGAUGGCGGGGCUUGCACGUCCUCUGGACGACGCUCACGGUCAACUUCGUUGCUGGUUUAUGUUAUGUGUUAAGGGCGACGCACGACGUCGCCCCUCGUCGAGACUUUUUUGGCGUGAAUACGCCUAACUUACGAUACGCGACGUGGUUCCACACGAUGCCGCUGAUGGCGUUGUUGUGUGCGCACGCCGCGUCUUGUGAGUUAUCGGUGGCACUAGAUAUGGUUAUCCUGGCUGGCUCUGUUAUCUACGCUGGUUGGUUGGCAGGUGGCUUCACAAGCUUCGUACCUUGUGUGUUGGGGUAUACCUUGUCUGCGGUGUUUCUAGGCUUACUAACAUCCAUGCUCUACGACAAGUUAUUACUAGCGGCACCCGCAGAGUCGCAAAAUCCAUUAGAUGCCUUACUGAGGGGCCAGGAGAUGUCUGUUAGGGCAUUAGCCAUGGCCAUUGUGGUGAGCUGGUGGGCCUUUCCCAUUUUACAGGGUUUGACUGCUGUCGAUCUACUAGAUGGGGAUAAUUACGACCUGCUGAUCGUAGUGAUCGAGACGUGCACCAAAACACUAUGUACCUUAGUCAUGAUGCAGGGUAGGAUCGAGACGCUGGAGCAACGGCAUGAACGAGCGCAAGGAAUAGAAAACUGGCGGCUCGCGGAACAACUGCGCGCGGAGACCAUUUUCGUUUCCUAUGUAUUUCAUGAGAUGAGGAACCCCUACAACGGCAUCGCCGGGCAUUUAUCGUGCAUGGGCGACACGAUCCGGGAAGCGCAGCUGUGUUUGACGGAAUCUAGGGGCUCUACUUUGCCCGCAGCGGCGAAACGGCGACUGGCUUCUUGUGUAGAUCAGUUAGUGGAGGACGUCUCGUCGGCCAACCUCUGCAGCCAGCACAUGUCCGACGUGCUGAAUAAUGUCCUUGACUUGAGAAGGAUUGAAGAGGGCGCGAUGACGCUGUCGCAAAAACCGUUCGACGGGGCGGCGGUCGUCUUAGACGUGAGGGACAUGAUCCGGCCGCAGGAAGGCGUUCGCUUGGAAGCUUCUGUCGUGGAUGGUGCUACGGGGGCUCGCUUGGACUCGUUACCAAUUGUGGGCGACGCCGUGAGACUGAGGCAAAUUCUACUGAACUUGCUAGGUAACGCCUGCAAGCACACGAUCCAAGGUAGUAUUGAGAUCAUAGCUACGGUGUACUCCAACAGGAGAUCACUACCCUCCAACUUAAUAGAUGAACCCUUGCAAAACGGGUUUGUUGCGGUCACGUUCGAAGUCCGCGACACGGGCUGCGGCAUCGACGCCGAACAUCAAAGGACGGUGUUUGCCAAAUAUGUCAUUGUGGAUGAAGCCGGUUCAGCUCCUGGUAGGCAGCGAUCCGGUUCGACCGAACCAAGAUUGGCUCAAAGUACAGGAUUGGGAUUAGCCGUAGCGCAACAACUCGUCGCGUUGAUGGGUGGUGAGUUAAGACUGACAUCUCCAGUACACGAAGGACGAGGCACGAGGUUCCAUUUUACCGUACUCCUCAAAACGGGAGAGCUCCACGGCAACGAAGAGACCGCGGCAGCCGACGCCGCCGCGUCCGACGAACUUGUAAAGAGGUCCUUGCCGCCCGGUUUAAGGUGUUUAGUGGCGGACGACUUGCAUUUCAAUAGAAAACUUUUACGGAGAUACCUAACAACUACGGAACCGUUUAACACUCUAGAAUGGAACGUGGAGGAGUGCGACACGGGCGAAGGCGUCAUCGAGCGCGUCUGCGACUCGCAGCAGAAGUAUGACAUCCUUUUUCUAGAUGAGCACUAUGAAACUGCUGGUGGUAAACUACGAGGUAGUGAGGUGUUAGGCGUCCUGAAAGCUAGGGUCUCGCCGGAGCAGAUGCCGGUGCUGAUUACGACGUCGGGCAAUUGCCUGCCGGAGGACGUCGCGUACUACUCGUCAUGUGGUGCUGAUGACACGUUCGGCAAACCUUUACCGAACAAGUACGACCUCGGGAGACGGUUACUUACUCUACUGAAGAGAAAGCACGGCGCGGCGUUUAUUGAUGGAAAUGAUUCUCCACCUACGCAUGAUGAUAAGAGAGCUAGGCCGCCGCCGCGCCAGAGCGCGAGAAAAAGGUCGGCGCCGGGCCGCUGAUGGCAUGCACACAUCUCCCCUAGUGACGCCGCACUGACGCUGACGCGGAAGCAGCACAACUCCUUCCGGGUGGCUCUAGAGGGCCCUAGAUAAUAAUCAAUCUGUAUGGCCUCCAUUCUUUUUGG